AUGGCUCGAGCCCGCCUUGUCUUGCCCCUCAAGUUCUUGCCAAAGACAAGACCAGCCCCGACCCCAGGGGGUACAGUUGUCCGCCCGGGGGCCCCCCGGGGGGCCCCCCGGGGGGGCCCCCCGGGGGCCCCCCCGGGGGCCUCUCAGGCCGCGGGGGGCCCCUGUGGGGCCCCUAGUGGGUACCGAAGACGUUCUUGCUGCUCUUCAAACCCAGGAGGAGAUUGUGGGGCCCCGGGGGCCCCUGCUGCGCAGGCGCAGCCGGCGCUGCAGCAGCAGCAGCAGCUGCAGCAGCAGCAGCAGCAGCAGCAGCGUCGCUCGCUGAGUUCUUUUGAUUUGCUGAACAAACCCUGUGGGGCCCCCCACGCAGCAGCAGCUGCUGCCCGUACCCCUGAGGGCCCUUGCCUCAGGCGGCCGGAGUCCACAGCAGCAGCAGCAGCAGCAGCAGCUCCUGCUGCUGCUGCUGCUGCUGCUGCUGCUGCUAGGUGGCCAGGUAGCAGCACGCGCCGGCAGGGGGCCCCCAGCUGCCGCCUGGGCUCCUCAACGUCCCUAUUCGCAGCCAGGGGCCCCCUGGGGGCCUCCCCGCUGGGGGCCCCCCUGGGGGCCCCCCUGGGGGCCCCCCUGGGGGCCCCCCUGGGGGCCCCCCCUCUGGGGGCCCCCCUGGGGGCCCGGAGGCAGCUGAGCGGGGCGGCGCCGGGGGGCCCCCGGCGGUGCCCCUACGAGGUGUUGGGCUGCAGCAGGGGGGCCCCCCUUCCCGAAGUCAAAAAGGCUUUUCGGCAGCAAGCAAAGCUUUACCAUCCAGACCUAAACCCCAACCCCAAGGCCAAGCAAACCAUGGCAGAGAUCACAGCGUACGUGCCCACGAAAAGGGGCCCCGGGGGGCCCCCGGGGGCCCCUCGGAGGGGACUGGGGGACCCCGCUAGUAGCCUAGUGGCGCUGAGAGGGUACUGGGGGGCCCCCAGGGGGCCCCCUCGUGUUGCUGCUGCUGAGGGGCCCACGAGUGUGUUGGAGGGGCCCCAGGGGAGUGCUAGUGGGGGCCCCAAGGGGCCCCUGAGAGGGGCUUAUGAGUUUCUGAGCGACCCGAAGAAAAAGGACUUUUAUGACAAGACUGGAGUGCGGCCGGAAGACGCAGCAGCAGCAGCAGCAGCAGGAGGAGCAGCAGGAGCAGCAGGAGGCGGUUUUGAGGGUUUUGACCCUUCAAUGCUGUUUACGGACUUCGCCGAUCUUUUUGCUUCGAUGGCCCGCGGCAGCAGCAGCAGCAGCAGCAGCAGCAGCAGCGGGGGUUUUGGGCCCCACAGUUUUGCUGCUGCUUUUGGGGGCCCCACAGGGGCCUCCAGAGGCGAAGAUAUUCAAACGGAAUUAUCUUUAGACCUCAUGGAAGCAAUUAAGGGUUGCGAAAAGCGCGAACUCGGGCUGCAGCAGCUGCAGCAGCAGCGGCAGCGCGGGGGGCCCCCAGGGGGCCCCCUGCUGGGGCUGCGGGGGCUCGGGGGCGUUCGCCACGGCAUGCAGAUGCGGGUGCCCAACCAGGGCCACGCGGGUUUGCGGGGAGGAAAGCCGGGGCACUUGUUCGUUAGCAUUAAUAUUCGGCCCCACGCGGUCUUCCGCUGGAUUGACGAUGACCUGCAUGCAGACGUGCCUUUGUCUCUAAAGCAGUGCCUCCUCGGCGGCCGCGUGGCCGUCCCCACACUCGAGGGGCCCCUCAGCCUCCAGGUGUCUCCGCAGACACCCCCGGGGGCCCUCAAAGUCCUCAAGGGCAGGGGGCCCCCCCGGCUGCAGCAGCAAACUGCAGCAGGAAACCUCGUGCUGCACUUCCAACUCAGCCUGCCCAGCUCGCUGACACCGCAGCAAACUCGACUGAUAGAGGAGUUUGACAGGUUGGAGACAGAGCAGCGGGAAGCAGCAGAAGCAAGGCGCCGUGCUGCUGCUGCUGCUGCAGCAGCAGCAGCAGCAAAAAAUAAGCAGGCUGCAGCAGCAGAUGAGGCCGCCAAGAGCCGCAAACAAGAAACCCGCAAGACAGAGUCCCCAAAGAACGCAAACCCCACACGAUCCCAGGACCCCACAACACGAUCCCAGGACCCCACAACACGAUCCCAGGACCCC